AUGGGUUAUGGAACAGCGACGAUUGUGGCACUCGUUACCUAUAUCUCACUGGCAGCUUUUUGGGAAGCUUCGGUGGUGACACUAGCGGCCUGGGUCAUAUCAGCAGUCUCAGGCCUGCCGGUUGUCCUGCGACUUGCAAGCUAUGGCUUAGCUAUAUUCGCAAUAACCCUAAUCUGGUCUUUCCUUGCCCGGGGAGAGGCUCGGAGAAAAUGGAGCCGGCAAGUGCUACAUGCUAUAACAGUCGAGGAAGGUCGAGAUUUGAAGGAGAAUUUCCAGAAGAUGCGUUCGAUCAUGCGCGAGCAGCUGGAAGCGUUCAUCGGUGCUGCAAAAAAUGAGCGCGACGUGAUUAUCGAGGACGAGGCUGCGUUCGCCUCCCUAUUACUUAAUGCUCUAAAUUAUUACGACCAGAUCUCCCGUCACCGCAGUCAACCGGCCAUAACCAAUUCAACCUCAUUACAUGAGUGAUAACACUGAAAUAAUUCCACGCAUAUAACAUUCCAGCCUCACCACACAAUAUACACAUCUCAUCCUAUUCAUAUGAUAUGACAUCAAUUAAGACACACCAAUGCAUACACAUGCACCACAUAGGUACAACCCUGCAUCACUCACCUAGUGGGAUGGCUAGCACUAGACAGACUCAAAACAGCCCCCCGAAAUAAACAAACACACUACCACACUGACGAUAAUUUGAAAUAGCUACUGGAACUUAACCGGAUUCGAUAUGGUGCUAUAUAUAAUCAUUUCAAAUAUGAACAUAUAUCUUUCCAUAAGCUUCAU